AUGUCGGUUUUCGGUUUAAAAUUUUGUUGGGGAGAUUUAGACGUUGUUUAUCAAUGGAAAUCCGUGGAUUUUGAAUUUCCAAACGAUGGAAUAAGAGAAAAUUAUUUAAAUACUGGAGAAUACGUACCUGGAACUUAUGCAUUACCGCUUGACGUAGACGUUUGGUACAAAGGAAACGAACGUUCGGUUUUUUUAACAUUUCCAAAAUUUUUCAAAGGGAUUCCAACGACUUUGGGUAAAAUAUCAUCGAAUCAUCACAACGGAUCACAUUUGGUACAAGCAUAUCCGGAUUGGUCUUGGCAUUCUCAAACAAAUUGCGAUGGAUUGAUUUCCGUUUUUAGAACGCAAAUAGAUAAAUGCGAUAGAUUGUGGGCAGUGGAUUCAGGAGUCGUGGAUUUAACAUUACCAACAAGAAGGAGACAAUGUUCACCGAAAUUAAUGGCAUUUAAUUUAAAUAACGGACAUUUAAUUGUAAAACACGUAUUUCCAGAAACUUUGUUGAAGGAAGAUUCCCUUUUGACAAAUCUUGCCAUUGAUAUUUCGGAUGCAAGUAGUAACGGUUGUUCUGAUACUUUUGUUUACGUAUCUGACACUAUGGGAUACUCAUUAUUAGUUUUGGAUUUAAAAAGGAAUAAAUCGUGGAAGAUAACAAAAAAUUCAAUGUAUCCGUAUCCGCCACACGGAAUGUUUAAUACAAACGGAAUAGAAUUUGAAUUAAUGGAUGGAAUUUUGGGAAUGGCUCUCGGACCGGGUGAUAACAAUGAUAAAACAUUAUUUUAUCAUUCUUUGGCAAGUUUGAGAGAAUCAUCUGUACCCACGUCAAUAAUAAAAAACGAACAAAAUUUUUUAACUACAAAUAUGGCUAUAUCGAAACAAUUUCAAACUUCUAAAGAAGCAAGAAAUUAUCAAUCAGCUGGUCAAGCGUUCGAUAAAAACGGGAUUUUAUAUUUUGGUAUGGUUGACAAUACUUUAAAUUGUUGGAAUCAUAGAAAACCGUACGUUAAAGAAAAUCUUCACGAAUUAAUUAAAGAUGACGUAAAUUUACGAUUUUCCUCCGGAUUGAAGGUUAUCGAUAAUCCAAACGAAGGAGAAGAAGUAUGGAUGGUGACAAAUAAAUUUGAAAAAGUAAUGGUUGGACAACAAAAUCCAUCCGAAUACAAUUAUAGAGUAUUAAAAGGAAACGUGAACGAAUUAUUAAAGAAUAGCAAAUGUAAACAAGAACAAAUAAUAACUUUUCCGAUGAAAAAUUUUCAUAAUGAAAAUAAAGUUACACACGGAAGACCGUCUCAAAGUUCCGGAUACGGAUAUCAUCAUAACAAUCGACAAAACAAUAAUUAUUAA